GCAAAUAAGAUUGUAGCUGCUAGAGCGAAGCUUAGGUUGCCAAGAUGGAGGUCGUGUCGGAAGGGAGUCUUGAAUCUAUAAGCAGGCCUGCAAGCACAGCAAGUGAUACCGGUAGAUCAAUUAGCAGCGCAAGCCGACUAUCCAAGAUAAGUUCUUCAAAGGUUUCAGGUUCACUUGAGAUGUUGCCUCCUGAAGCUUCUGCACUUCCUGGUGAAUUGUUCUCUGCUUUGGAAAUGGAUGUGGAAGUGGAGGAUUUUGAAGAUGAUUUUGAUGAAGACAGCUGCGUAGACAGCGAAUCCUCGCUCACUGAAGAUGACGCUGCUGACAACCUCGGUCCAGAAGAGUGUUCAGAGACUUCAAGAGUAUCCACUUCAAGAGUAUCUGAAGCGAGUGAUCACCAUAGUAACUCGUCUGACAGCAAGAUGAGUGCUGAUGAAGUUCCACAACUGACUUCAGAAGAAGAUAAUGUAGAUCCAAAGAUCCGAGAGGGUCUUGAGAAGAUUAAGAAACUGGAUAAAAUCCUUGGUGAAAAAGUAAAGAAAGAGAAAGAAGUGAAGAGCCAAAGACACAUGAAUGAAAAGAUGUGGAAAGAACAGCUAAUGCAGAUUGCCAAGUGUCCUGAAAGUGGAAAAGACAACCCAUUUGUUGGAGCUGCAAUACGUGCUAUUGAACUUGGCAAUGAAGAAGAUUUGGGGUCCAGUCGGGUUGGCUCCGUCACACCUGUGUUUGCGACUCAGCCAUUAAACACAGAAGAACUACACAGCACAAGGCACUGUGAUUCUGCCACUUCAGGGAGAACUACAGAGUGCUCUUCCCAAUCUAAUGCAUUUAGUGAAAAGAGCAAAACACGGAGACAUAGAAAGGGAAGCAACAAAAAGCAUGAUGGCUCACACACAGAAAGUGCAAAAAAUGCCAGUAAGAUGGCCACCAAGAGCAAACAGAAGGGGCAAGAUUUUAUCAAGCGCAAUAAACAGUUAGCUGCAGAUGCUGCUAACGUCAUCCCAAUGACAGAGGAAGAAAAGUCCCGUCUGGAGCAACUUCUUAGGGAUGACAACACAGACAGUCUUGUUAAUGAGAAUCCUUUUGACAGUUCGACCCUCAGCCUGACGAGUGGGGUUGGCUUUAGACCUGACGAGGUGUCAGCACAAGCCCUUGCUGAAAUUGAGGAAAAGCUGCAAGCCCUUGUGCCAUCUGAUGAACUAGAACUGACAUCCCGUGCACUUAUUUACACACCUCUAUCCCAAUCUUCUGAUAGUGAACACAGUACACACUCCAAGGUUCAAGGGGAUAUUGAUCAUAUAGAUACUGUAGAUAUUGGUGAGAAAGUUUUACGAGAAGAAAAGGAUAGUCGAGAGAUGCAUCAGAGGUUACAAUUGAUAGAGCAAGAGCUGCAAAAACUUAAGCUGCUUUCAGAGGAUGAAACGGAGGACAAAAUUUCUCAAGAGCUACUCCGAAAGCUUCUCUGUGAAAGUUCACGUACCACGUCCCGGAGUACAACAGUUGGACAGGCCGUGGUGUCUUCGCUUUCUAACCCAAGAUACCCUGCUAUUCAAGAAGGGGGCUUGAUAUCCGAGGACGUCACCCCCAGGCCACUCUCAAGCUUGAGUGGAUUAACAGAGUCAGAGAGGUCUGGGGAUAGGGAAGGAACGCCUAGCACAUUACGGACUGUGUCGACAAUGAGUGAUGUCACUCUGACCUCGGUAACGGAAACACCACGAACUGAUACGUAACCGGAAGCAGAGUAUAAUUUAUUUUUAUUAAAUGCGAUUUACAGAACCAGGAGUUACAUUUCCCUGUCAUGACAAAGAUUUUCAUUGAGUGUGAAAAAAUUUGAGAAAAGUUGCUGCCACACAGGAUAAGUUUAAUGGUGUUUGUUUUUAUUGGCACAGUGAUUCGUCACUAGCGUUCAUUCUUGAAUAGGUUGAGACUUUGAAGGAGGUGUCGAAGCACUGAUUGUCUGGUGGUAGGACUAACAAUCCAGAUGUCUGUCAAUCAAAUAAAAAUGUCAAUUAAUCAGCUGUCAAUGCAGCUGUCAAUCACUCAAGUCAAGUCGCAAGUUCCAUUGUCUGUUCUGUCCUCUUGAGCUCAAGUGUCAAUUGAUCAGUCGCUGUCAAUUAAUCAAUAAACAUGCAGCUGCUAAUUACUCAA